AUGGAGACGGGGGUGUGGGCGUUCUACUAUGUCCAGGGAGAAGAAGGCGAAGACAGCGUCCACCCGAACGCUUUCCGGCUCUCGGGCGUCCUCCCAGGCGCAGACGUGACGCUUGCCGACGUGCUCGCGAGCUUCCCGUUGCGGAAUCCACGGGCGUUUCACUUCCGUUUCCGGCUGAACCAGGGCGCAAGCAGCGGUUUCUAUUGGCUAGAUGUCGUCCAGCCGACGCAGCAGGUCCCGCUGGCCAGUGGCCGCGUCGUUUGCAAGCUCCUGCGACUCGAUCGACGUCCGAGAGCCGGUCUGGUGUUCAAGCGUCGACCUGUGCUCAAGUGGGUGGACCGUUCUCGACCAUACAACGGCCAAGAUACAAGGACAAGUGCUGGUCGGGACAAGAGCUCAAGCAACGUGAUGCCAGCAGAUACCGGACCGUCGCUCGUAGACGGUAGCAGCAGCAGCAGCAGCAGUUUCCAUCGGUCGUCGUCUUUGCCGGCGUUCGAGCAAGGCCGACCGGCCAAGUACUUGGACCGACCAUCAAGCAGUACUGCUCAUGGAGCUGAUGCUCGACAGAGCAAUGUAUCGAGUCGCUUGUCGUCGGUCUCGGGGGAAAAGAAGACGGUCGCACGACCAGGAGCUGCAUUGAAUGCGACGGCGCCGGUGCAGGAAAAGCUGGAAGAUUUUCUAUCAGGGGGAAAACAAGUGACUGGUAGUAGUGGUGGUGCUGCUGCUGCUGCUGCUACUACUGUCACUUCUGCUGGUAUUGCAGUGGCAGCUGCUGCUGUUGUUGUACCUAAUGAGGACGUGAACCUCAUGAGUGACAGUGGUUGGCAUGAUGCACCAGCCACGUGCAACGCCACUUCGGACUUUCUGAACGCGAUGGACCCGCUAGCGGCUCGAGCUGCGCCGGCGACGCAAGCGUCUCAUCCGGAGGCUGUGUACAGAGAACCGCUACACUUUGACGAUGACAACGGACAGACAGUGGGUCCUGUUACGAUAGCGGAGAUGGAGGCACACUCAAAGUCGACGUCGGACGGUUCCAAUGUGUACAACCCGAGUCUCGUCGACAAGUCUACGAAGAGCGAUGAUGUACGUCGUGCAAUGGAAGAGCGGGAGAGACAGGUGCAACGCGAUGUGGAACGAGCACGCGAAGACUUGCGCAAGCGAGAAGAAGCUGUGCGUACCAUGUCUGCGAUGAAAGAUACCGCCAACGCUGUAAUUGGUCCUAGGUUGAAGAGUUGGGCGGAAGAUAAUGGUCGUGUGAAGAAUAUCCGCACGCUGUUGUCUACAAUGCACCAAGUCAUGUGGGAAGACUGUAAAUGGUCCGAGGUGAACAUGGGCAAGCUCAUUCAGCCAAACGAUGUGAAGCGGUAUUAUCGCAAGGCCAUGAUCGUCGUGCAUCCGGACAAGUCUGGCGGGCGCCAAGCAGAGCAGUUGUUGAUUGCCGAGCGCGUGUUUGCAGCACUCAACACCGCGUGGGAAGACUUCCAGAAGUCCAAUCCAUGCUAA